AUAUAUUCAAUCUGGCAACCUGGGUAGGAGACUCGUGAGCCAGUAGAUAACAGAGCGCGUUAUUAAUUCAGAUGCUGGUGAGAAUACCUCAUAAACAGAAAACUUUUUCCCGAAGAAGAGUAAUUUUUCAGCUACUUUUUGAAACGGCUUUAUUUAUUUAUUUAUUUAUUGUUUUAUUUAUUUAUUUCGCCAGACCAGCGAGAGCUCACAGUGACACCACCACGACACCUAGAUUUCUAGAACCAUCACAGAUGUCAAACACUCCUCUUUCCUCGCCUCAUCCCCACGGCUGCUCUCCUGCUCCUUCUGCUCCUCUCCCCUCUCCACCCAUCUCUCCAGCGAGGACAGGGGUCGUGACCUUUCGCUCUCCUGCCAUACGCCACCUUGCCCACCUCGAUGCCUGGAGGAGGCACAGCUGGGAGCCGGGUGCAGCCUUGCGGGGAAACCCAGCCAGCGACACACGCAGUGUCAGUUUGGAAGAUCUGGACAUGGAGGAGAUGGCAUUGGUACUGGGUGGUGCUCUGGGCUGCCACAGAGCUCGAGACACGCGCAGGUCCGUCACUUGUGAGGGCUCUUUGUCCUCUCUUACUGAGGAGGAAGCUGGGAUUGAGACACAAUCACAGCUGUGCUCAACACUGGAGGUGUGUAUGUGAAUGCUGUAUGCUGUUUACACUCUAGUCUUUUGAUCAGAGACACAAAGGCCAAAGUCACUGUACACAACAGAAUAGUAGUUCAAGCAGGGAUUCCCAAAACUAAGGUCAGCUGGAUGUGACAGCGGAAAGAGAUGCACCCUUUCAAACACGCCUCUUAACUUAAAAAAAAAAAAAAAAAAAAAACUGUGUCAAGAAAUGCAUGCUUAUGCUCACCCUUCCCACUAGACUGGUAAGUCAGUGCAAGGAAUAUUCCUUUGGUUUCUAAUGGCUUACUUUAUGCAUUCAGUACGUAUGUUACUCACAAAAUAAAAUGAUGAAAUGUUAUAGUAAUCCUAUACUAUAAAUCUGGAAUGUACAGUCGUUAAAGCUUGAGGGUGUCAGAAAUUUCAUAAUGUCCAUUUGGGGCUAUUUGCCCAAAAUGUCUGUGAAUCCCUGGUUUAAGGAUUUAAUUAGUUGUUAUUUUAGCCAUUAUUCUAUUAUUAGCUACAUUUAAUAGUCACAGAAUGAUGCAUUUGAGAAGAAUAAAUUGAAUGUAUUAUUAUUAAAUCAUCCUGAAAUGAUCCCUUUUCCUCUUAUACCACAGCAGUUUACCAAGGAGUAAUUAUAUAUAUUUUUUUAAUCAUUUUUUAAAUGAUAAGAAUAACACUUUUUAUCCAUUUUAUAGUUUUGCCAUAACAACACAUCAUUUUCAAUCCAUUUAUUAUUAGGCGUGCUAGUCCCUGUGAAUUAACUGUCACUAUAGAAAUGAAAAUUGAUUACAACGAGCAGAUUAAUAUAAACCUGUACCAUGUCUUGUGGAAAUUGUGAAAAUGAAUCACCAAUCAGAUUUCAGAAUUCACUGCUGCUGUGGUAUAAUGUUAAUAACAUGCACUGUAA